CGGAAGCGAGGGGUGCACGUCACGAAGGAAGGAAUCAUGGCGUCACCUGGCGGAGUUGCUCGUGUCCCUCGCCUGGCUGGGAAGGCUGUCAGCUUUCUGUCGGCUGGGCACACAAAAAAAAGUGUUCUCUGGCUGGCGGGAAGACAAUUCAUCACGUCGACUGAGAACAGUCUACAGUUCCGCCUUGACGAGAGGACUGCUCACAGCAGUCUGGACCUCUUCAAGAAAGACACAGGCGUCAUUUACCGCAUGCUGGGUCUCGACCCCAGCCACGUGCAAGACAACCCCGAGCGUUUCCGAGACUGGGCGGUGGUGUUUGCCGACGAGAAGAUCACGGGCGGUCGCCACUACUGGGAGGUGACGGUCAAGAAGUCCCAGGAGUUUCGAGUGGGCGUGGCCGAAGCGCUGAUGUCCCGCGACGACUGCGUGGGCACCAGUGCCUCCUCGUGGGUGUUUGGGUACGCUCAGCGCAAGUGGUUCGCCAUGACCAAUAACAAGAUGGUUCCCAUCACCCUGGUGGGCAAGGCGGACCGUAUGGGCAUCCUUCUGGACUUCGAGGCAGGCCUUCUGGGCCUGGUUGACAUUGAGAAACCAAGGAUCGUUCACGCCAUGAGAGGGCACUUCAAGACUCCCCUCUGUCCCGCGUUUGGACUUUGGGAUGGGGAGCUUCUCACGCACUCGGGUGUGACUGAGCCAGAAGGUCUCAAGUAGUGAUGGGCAAAUGAAGCUUCAUGAAGUACUUGUGAUAUGUUUGACUCUUCUCAAUGGUGCCAUUGGUUUAAAGAUAAUGGCUAGUUCGAUGGAAAUGUAUUAAAUUUCCACUGCAUCCUUAAAGCAUUAGAGUGCCAUCUUGAGUACCGUAGUCAAAAAUGACAAGUGCUUGAUGAAGCUUCAUUUGUCCAUCACUGAUCUCAAUUGAUAGUUGGAAUUAGCAUUGCAAAUGGCUGUGAAAUUUCUGAGGAGUUUGAGGGCGGGUGAUUUCAAGGAAAUUUUAUUGUCAGCAGAUCAGUCAAUCCAUCAAACCUUAUUUACAGAGCGCUUUACAGACAUAAAAAUGCAACUCAAAGUGCUGUGCAGUGAAAAAAUAUAUCACAAGUGCCUAAUAAAGCUUCCUUGGUCUAUCAUAA